AUGUCUGAUGGGAAUGAUGAUAACCCGGUGCAAACAAGCACCGAACAAAUGAAAGAAAUAAUUGCCGAAGAAGUAGGAAAGGCAAUUGAAGGCAGUCUAUCCGGGUUUAUAGACAAAAUUCAAGGCACGGUGUUGUCGCUUGUGGAAGAGCGAGUUAAAAGGUUGGAGGAUAUUAUCAACCUUAUGAAAGACAAAACGGGAGAUCGUAAAGGGUGCUCAUAUAAGGAAUUCAUGGCGUGUAAACCGCCAAUCUAUAACGGGGAAGUCGACCCGAUAAUUUGUCAAAGAUGGUUGAGUGACGUCGAAGGAGUGUUUGAACGAACCCACUGUGACGUAGGUGAUUAUGUUGCUUACGGAACCGGCCAAUUGAGAAAUCAAGCCAAGGAUUGGUGGGACAAUAAGAAGAAGGAGAUCGGAGCCGAAGCGGCAAGGGUCAUGACUUGGGAUGAGUUUAAGCUCAGAUUUUGUGACGAGUUAGUCACCACUGAAGAACAAAAGAUAUAUUACUAUUACAACAUGCUGAGUGCUGAGUACCGGGAAUUUAUGACUCCGUCAAAAUACGAAACCCUCACGGAGAUUAUCAACACCGCCCGGGAACGGGAAAUCGAGUUAAAGAAACAAGUGGAAAGAGGUGAGCGAAGGGCACAUGAUGUGAAUCCAAGCCCUACAAAGAAAGCCCGAACGGGAGAAUCGGGAAAGAAGAUGGAUGUUAAAGGUGGGUCGCCAAGUUGUAAAGUCUGCGGGAAGGGACACAAGGGGGAAUGUCGAUUCAAAGACAAGCCAUGCCCCAUAUGUAAUAAGACGGGGCACACGGCCUCGCUAUGUCCGGGAAAGGUAUCGGUUUGCUACAAUUGCUAUCAACCCGGCCACAAAAAGUCCGAAUGCCCGGACUUAGUUGGAAAGAGAGAUGCUAAGGAGUCUCCGGCAGAAGCCCCCAAGGCGAAGGCUAGGUCCUUCCAACUUACCGCAGCUGAAGCGAAAACAGAACCCGAUGUGGUUUCAGGUGAAUAUCAGGAGUACCGGAUGAAGAUCAAGCUCAACGUAGAACCGAACACGAUGCAGUCACAAGCUUUCGCGUAUAGUUUAGUUGUUAUUUCAAAACAACAAAUUUUUACCGGUCAUGAUGUAACGUUAUAA